CUGCUGGUUACUGGCCUCUACACCUCCACACCGGUGCAGUCGGCUCCUAUUCCUGCUCCAGCUGCUUUUGGUUUCGGUGUGAUGUCAGAUCGCCAGUUUGCUGGAACCCAGUUUGUUUGCAGCGUCGUGGCCUCCCACGUCAGCCACCAGCCCUCCACCAGCUUCAGUUUUGUUUGGAUCGCCCCACCACCCGGCACCGGCUGCGUGAAUUUCCUCUCCAACUGAGUCCCCGCUGACACCUAAUCUGGUGGAGCUCCAUGGGAAACAUGCUGUGCUACGAGAUGAUUUUGACUCCAGCAAGCAAGGAGAGCUGGAUCCUAACAUAUGGUCGGAGUGCAGUAACUGUGAAGUUGGAGAGCAGUGUGGCGUCCUGAUGCACGGCAGAGCAGUCACUUUCUGUGAGCACUUUGGAGAGCGAGAGCUGUCUACCGUACCUCUCAACACCAGCACAGCCUCAGUCCUACAGUUUGCCCUGGGCUCGGGCUCCUGCCGGUUCAGUUACUCAGACCCCAGUAUCACGGUGUCGUACAGCCUGGGUGGCAACGCCAACACCUCAGAUGACUGGAUCACACUGGAAAAGAUCAGAGCUCCUACCAACAGCAGCACAGUUGUCCACCUGCUGCCUCUUUCACAUUCCUCCAAAGGUGAUGCAGUUCGACUUCGCUGGUCUCAGGAGACCCCCCGUGGACCUGAAGGCUAUGAGUCUUGCUGGGGUUUGGACAAUGUGCUGCUGGUCAACUCUGCUCACAAAGCCCCGCUGAUGGAGGACAACUUGGAUCCUCCAGACACAGCUAACUGGCUCUUCUUCCCUGGAGCAACGAUCAAGCAUGCCUGUCAGUCUGAAGGCAAUGCUCUGUAUUUCCAUGGUGCUGAUGGAGAAGGCCAGAGCUUUGCCUCCACCAGAGACAUCGAUCUGCACCGAGAGGAAGGAAGGAGCUACUGGGAGGAAGACUUUGAGAGUCCACCUUUAAACUGGGACGUAGAGGGAGCUGUGUACGGGACAAAGUGUGGAGAGAUUGAGUCAGGUGCAGCACUCGUAUUUGAACGGGAGGGUCGGAGGAGGGUGUGCACCCCCUACCUUGACACCACAUCCUAUGGAAACCUCCGCUUCUACUUUACAAUGGGUGGUGACUGUGAUCCAGGAGAAUCACACGAGAACGAUGUGAUCCUGUUUGGAAGGUCCGAGGGCAAGAGGGAACGUCUAGUGCUGGACACUCUUCCAUACAUGUCUUACAGGACUCCUGCCGUAGUGUCAGUUGCACUUCCAGCCGAGCUGCAAACGCCGGUCACCCAGUUUUGUUUGGAGCAGCAAUCACAUGGUGGCGCUGAUCGUCACGUGUGGGCUGUGGAUUACAUGCAGCUGCUCCCUGUGCUGCCUGCCACCCACACGCAUGUUGCACAGUUCUCCAUCAACCUUGGCUGCGGCUCCUACCAGCCUGCCAACAGCGUAAGCCUGGAGUUUUCUUCCAACCUUGGUCGUUCCUGGUCUCUGCUCCACACCGAGUGCCUGCCGGAGCUCUGUGCCGGACCACACCUACCACACAGCACCAUCUACUCCUCUGACAACUACAGCGGAUGGACCAGAAUUUCUAUUCCUCUUCCAAACGCUGCCCUCACAGAGACGACCCGGUUUCGCUGGAAGCAGUCUGGCACUGGAGCAGGCAACAUGUGGGCCAUAGAUAAUGUGUACAUUGGGCCGGCUUGCCUUCGGUUCUGCUCUGGAAGAGGACAUUGUUCCCGCACAGGCUGCAAAUGUGACCCGGGCUUCAGCGGUCCAGCUUGUGAACUCGCAUCUCAGACAUUCCCAGCCUUCCUGUCGGAGGGUUUCUCUAGUCCACGUCUCUCCUCCUACCACAGCUUCUCUUCGCUUCGUGGGGCAGAAGUCAGCUUCGGCUGCGGCGUGCUUGCCAGCGGCAAGGCUCUGGUCUUUAACAGGGACAGCCGGAGACACUUGGUCACCGCUCCGUUAGACAGUUCACAGGCCAGGUACCUACAGUUCACUCUACGACUGGGAAGUCGUAGCAUCCUGAGCUCGUGUCCUGCACCUGAUCAGCCUGGAGAGGGCGUUCUGUUGCAUUACUCUGCAGACAACGGCAUCACCUGGACUCUGCUGCAGCACUACGCCUACCAAGGCUUCCACGAGCCAAGGAUUGUGUCAGUUGAACUCCCAUCGGGCGCUCGUAAGUUUGGCGUUCAGUUCCGCUGGUGGCAGCCAUACCACUCUGGACGCAGUCACGACGUGUGGGCUUUGGAUGAAAUCAGCAUGACCUCUGUGCUCUUCAACACCAUAAGUCUUGACUUUAGUAAUGUUCUGGAUGUCACUCAGAGUCUUGGGUUCUUUCUCGGACAUGUUCAGCCUUACUGCCAACAUGACUGGACCCUCAGUUUCUCUGGCGAGCCCAGUCCUGGCUCUAGUAUCCGUUACGUUGAGACUCAGUCGAUGCAGAUCGGAGCGUCCUACAGUCUGCAGUUCUCUCUCGUCAUGGGCUGUGGCCGUGAGCCCUCCCCUCACAUUGACACUCAAGUCCGUCUGGAGUUCUCCACUAAUCACGGGCUCACCUGGCACCUGGUCAAAGAGGCUUGUCUUCCUGGCAUGCCCAGCUGCUCUGAGUUUACAGCUCCCAGCGUCUACCACCCAUCAGAGUUCAAAGACUGGAGACGUGUUACUCUGUCUUUGCCUCAGAAGACAUGGUCCAGUGCAACCCGUUUCCGAUGGAUCCAGAGCUACUAUGGAGAGCAGGACGAGUGGGCGUUGGACGACAUCUACAUCGGUCAGCAGUGUCCCAACAUGUGUCAUGGACACGGCUGGUGUGACCACGGUCACUGCAGGUGUGAUGAUGGGUUCUCUGGUCCAGACUGCCAGCCAUCCUCCCCUCUCUUGUCUGGCGUGCUCUCAGACUUUGAGUCCCAGGAUGCACUGCUGGCCACAUGGCAGGAGGUGAUUGGUGGAGAGGUGGUUGCCCCUGAUAUGGGCUGUGGCGUCGUCUCAUCUGGAUCAUCCCUGUACUUCAGCAAGGCUGGACUGAGGCAGCUUGUGAGCUGGGACCUGGACACUGAAUGGGCGGAGUUUGUCCAGUUCUACCUGCGUGUGGGAGGAGACUGGUCAGAUUGUAACCAGGCAGACAGCAGAGAGGAGGGAGUUCUGCUGCAGUACAGUAAUGAUGGAGGCAUCAGCUGGGGUCUCAUAGCUGAGAUGUACUUCACAGACUUUACCAAACCUCGCUUUGUCCAUUAUGAGCUCCCCUUGGCCUCCAAAACCCCCUCCACAAGGUUUCGUUGGUGGCAGCCUCUUCACUCCGGAGAAGGCUAUGACCAGUGGGCAAUUGAUGAUGUCAUAAUUUUAUCAGAGAGAGAGAAACACAUUAUUCCCAUGGCCAGUCCAACUCUACCACAGAAUUUUUAUGAGAAGCCAGCGUUCGACUAUCCUCUGAAUCAGAUGAGUGUUUGGUUGAUGCUGGGUAAUGAGGGCAUGGAGAGGGACAACAACAACAGUUUCUGUGCGCCGACACCUUCUGCGAUGGUGUUUGGACGUUCUGAUGGAGACAGGGUCGCUGUGACCAGGGACCUGGCCCUUCGUUCGGGUUACACCCUUCAGUUUAAGCUAAACAUUGGCUGUGAAUCAGAAUUCAGCACGUCCGCCCCAGUCCUGCUGCAGUACUCACAUGAUGCUGGUCGCACCUGGGCCCUGGUCAGAGAGGGCUGUUACCCAGGAACCCCUGGGGCAGGGAUCUGUGAGGGCAGCGGCCGUGAGCUCAGGGAACCCACUGUCUAUAACACAGGGGACUAUGAACAGUGGACAAGGGUCACUGUGGUCAUCCCUCGUCAUGUUGCAGCCAGUAAAACCAGGUUCCGUUGGUUCCAGGAGAGCAGCAUGUACCGAGAUGCACCACCAUUUGCUUUGGAUGGGGUCUACAUCUCUGAGCCUUGUCCGAACCACUGUGGGGGGCAUGGUGAUUGUAUCUCUGGAGUCUGCUUCUGUGAUAUGGGGUACACAGUGGAGCAAGAUAGUUGUGUCCCGUCCACAGCCAGUCCUACAGAGCUGACUGAGGGCUUUGAAGGGAAGCUUAGUCCACUCUGGCAGAGCAUCAGUGGGGGACAGAUUGGAGGAGGUUGUGGCAUCAUUGGUGAGGGCAAAGCUCUGUACUUCAGUAGCCCUGGACGGAGAGAAGCUCGAACUGUGCCGUUAGACACAACUAACACCCGGUUGGCUCAAUUCUACAUCCGGAUUGGCAGCAAGAGUUUGGGACCCACCUGCACUAGGCCUCGCUCGCGCAACGAAGGUGUCCUUGUCCAAUUUUCAACAAACAACGGUGUUCGGUGGCAGUUCCUGAGGGAGCUGGACUUUAGUUCCUUCUUGGAGCCUCAGGUGGUGACCAUCGAGCUGCCACCUCCAGCGAAAACUCCCUACACCGUUUUUCGAUGGUGGCAGCCACAACAAGGGAAACACUCUGCCCAGUGGGCUCUGGAUGAUGUCCUGAUUGGCAUGAAUGACAGCUCCAGAACAGGUUUCCAUGACAAAUUUGAUGGCACGACCCCUCUGAGACACAACUGGUACCGUAUUCAGGGCGGAGAGGUGACCGUGGACUGUUUGUCUUUGGAUACAGCACUUACCUUCAACUCUGAGGCUAUUGAUAAGAAGCCAAGGUAUGCAGAAAGCUGGGACUUUGAGGUGACAGGUUCAUCAUUCCUGCAGUUUGAGCUGAGUAUGGGCUGCAGUAAGUCCACCUCCUUCUCCCACGGAGUGCGACUGGAGUACUCUACAGACUGUGGCCGUCACUGGUCUCUCAUCACCCCGGAGUGCGUGCCCCCAGCCAUCGGCUGUGCCGGUUACACCCAGAGCUCCAUCUAUACAUCGACCCAGUACAAACACUGGAGGAGGAUCACUGUCUACCUGCCCAGCGCUGCUAAUUCCCCAAGAACACGGUUCCGUUGGAUUCAGACCCACUUCACCCCUGGGGCGGAAGGUUGGGCUCUGGAUAAUGUGUUACUCGCUCCUGGUUGCCCAUGGAUGUGCUCUGGACAUGGUCUGUGUGACAAUGGACGCUGUGUCUGUGAUAAGGGUUAUGGAGGGGCACACUGCGUACCUCUGGCCCCACUGCCAUCAGUACUGAGAGAAGACUUCAAUGAGAACCUACAGCAGGAAACCUGGCCAGAGGUGUACGGAGCAGAGAGGGGAACUCUGAGUGGAGAACCUCUCAAAUUCGGCGCUGCUCUUAUUUUCAAAGGGGAUGGUCUGCGUAUGAUUGUGUCGAGGGAUCUGGACUGCACAAACACGCUCUACAUCCAGUUCUUUUUUAAAUUCAUCACUAAAGGUGUCCCAGAGCGCUCCCACUCGGUGCUGCUGCAGUACUCUGUGAAUGGAGGGAUCAGCUGGCUACUGCUGGAUGAGUUUUACUUCCCAACUUCCACAGACACCCUGUUCCUUCACCUGCCGCUGCCCGCCAGCGCUCAGACCAACGCCACCCGUUUCAGACUCUGGCAGCCUUACAACAGCGGUAAAAAAGAGGAGGUGUGGGUGAUAGACGAUCUCAUCAUCGAUGGUAGCUCUUUACACAAACCUCCCGUGGUGAUUGACACGUUUGAGGAAGGUCCCAACGAGCCAAACUGGCUCUUCUAUCCUGGUGGAAACAUUGGACUCUACUGUCCCUACCAGAAGACUGGCUUAGAGGAGGACGAGUCAGCGAUGGUGUUUGUCUCCAGUGAGCUUGGGGAGCACUCCAUCACCACCAGGGACGUUGACGUAAAUGAGAACACCAUCAUCCAGUUUGAGCUCAAUGUGGGCUGCACAGCUGAAAGCUCCUCUGCCCACCCAGUGCGACUCGAGUUUUCACGGGACUUCGGUGCCACAUGGCACCUUUUGGUACCCCUGUGUGCUGGCGGUCCUCAGCCCUCGUCACUUUGCUCCACAGAGCUUCACCCUGCCAGCAUCUAUUUCCCUGGUACCACGCAGGGCUGGAGGAGGGAGGUUAUUCACUUUGGAAAGCUUCGCCUGUGUGGAUCAAUAAGGUUCCGUUGGUAUCAAGGUUUUUUUCCAGCUGGUUCCAAUCCUCCAACAUGGGCACUAGAUAACGUGUAUAUCGGCCCACAGUGUCAGGACAUGUGUAAUGGUCAUGGGGCCUGUGUGGGAGGAUCUCACUGUGUGUGUGACCCUGGAUACUCUGGACCUGACUGCUCUUUGCCCGACACCCCCAAUCCUGACUUCCUCAAGGAGGACUUUGAAGGUGGAGUUGUGGAUGCUGAGCGUUUCACUCUCGUAAGUGGAGGUAAACCAUCCAGGAAAUGUGGUAUCAUGUCAAGUGGAAACCAUUUGUUCUUCAGUGAAGAUGGUCUACGCAUGCUGGUCACCAACGAUAUGGACCUUUCCAAUGCCAGGUUUGUUCAGUUCUUCCUGCGUCUCGGCUGUGGGAAAGCGGCCCCAGACCCUCGUUCCCAGCCUGUUCUGUUGCAGUUCUCAGUGGAUGGAGGUCUCACCUGGGGUCUCCUUCAAGAGUUUCUCUUCAGUAACAACAGUAAUCAGGCACGUCUGGUGGCCCUGGAGAUCCCACUGCGUGCCCGUACUCCGUCUACUCGCUUGCGCUGGUGGCAACCUUCAGAAAAUGGACACUUUUACAGCCCCUGGGUCAUAGAUCAGGUGGUUGUGGGGGGCAGUGCCAGUGGUUGGGGACCACUGGAAGACGAUUUCUCCUCAAUUGACGGCCGCUCGUGGCUCCUCCACCCGGGAGGGACCCGAAUGCCCGUUUGUGGCUCUGAUGGACCAGCUUUUGCGUUCAUAGAGAAGUCCAACACACGCUAUGCUGUUACCACUGACAUCAGUUUGGGUCAAGAUGCAUUUAUUCAGUUUGAUUUUUCUGCAUCCUGCUCUGUCACAAACUCCUGCUACUCUGUGGAGUUGGAGUAUUCACUGGAUCUGGGUUUGACCUGGCAGCCUGUGGUCAGAGACUGCCUGCCAACCAGCCCCGACUGCUCUUCUUACACUCUGCAGCGGAUUCUUGUUUCAGACACAUAUAACAAGUGGGGCCGUGUCACUUUGCCCAUCCCGUCAUAUGCCAGAUCUCCUGCCACAAGGUUCCGCUGGUUCCAGCAGGCCCCGUUUGACAAGCAGCAGACAUGGGCUCUGGAUAACCUCUACAUUGGAGAUGGCUGCCCUGAUAUGUGCUCUGGACAUGGGCGCUGCCAACAGAGCUCCUGUGUGUGUGAUCCAGAGUGGGGUGGAGAGUACUGCGAUGAGCCUGUGGUUCCUCUGCCCUCCCAGCUGAAGGACAGCUUUAGUCGAGCCCCCUCCCUCAGUCACUGGCACAUCCUGACAGGAGGGAAGCUUAGCACCGUGUGUGGCGCUGUGGCCUCUGGAGCUGCGCUGCAUUUCAGCGGGUCUUGCAGUCGUCAGCUGGUCACAGUGGACCUGAACCUGACCAACGCAGAGUUCAUCCAGUUCUACUUCAUGUAUGGCUGCAUGGUCUCACCAAGUAACCGCAACCAGGGGGUCCUUCUAGAGUACAGCUUGAAUGGGGGAAUCAACUGGCACUUACUGACUGAGAUCUUCUAUGAUCUGUACACCAAACCUGGAUUUGUGAAUGUGUUGCUGCCCCCUGCUGCACGACAGGAAGGCGUUCGAGUGCGUUGGUGGCAGCCACAGCACGAUGGUGCAGACCACAGCGACUGGGCUCUUGAUAAUGUUCUCAUUGCGGGCUCAGAAACCCGGGCGCAGAUCUCUGACACAUUUGGAGGGGUGGCGUUGCCUAGUCACGAGAGAUCUCCAGCUGAUGAGACCUCAGGAAGGAUUGAGUCCCUGAACGAGGAAGAAGAAACACCAAUAGCGAACGACCACUGGUUGUUCUCGGAGGAUUGUUCAGUGCAGCGUUUCUGCAGCUCCCCUGAUGGUGUGAUGGUGUGUGGAAACGCUGAUGGGAGAGAGGUGUACGCCGUCACUCAGGAUAUUGUUCCAGGCAAAGGCUGGGUCAUGCAGUUCAAGAUUGCUGUCGGAUGCAACGUCCCAGACCGUCCUGCAGACCGGCAGGUUCAUGUUCAGUAUUCAGUUGAUUUUGGGGUCACUUGGAAAUACUUGGUUCCUCAGUGCUUGCCUGCUGACCCCCGCUGUGGUGGUCAAGUCUCUCAGCCAUCAGUGUUUUUCCCAGCUGACAGCUGGAAGAGGGCGGUGUAUUCACUACCCGACAGCAUGGCUGACACUGCGGUGCGGUUCCGGUUCUUCCAGCAGCACUCAGACAUCCAAUGGGGUGUGGAGAACUUGUACAUUGGGCCAGCCUGCGACAAUCACUGUGGAGGACACGGAGACUGUUUGGACCAGCGCUGCAUCUGUGAUCCAGGGUUCACUGGACCAAACUGUUAUGCCAGUGCUACUCUGAAGGCAACUCUGAAAGAGCGUUUUGACUGGGAGGGGGCAGCAGGCUCUCAGUGGCAGGUGCUGGAUGGGGGUAAACCCUGUACGGACUGCGGUGUCCUGGUGGAGGGCACAGCCUUGUAUUUUGGAGGAGCUGAUGCCAGGCAGGCUGUCACUGCUGAUCUGGACCUCCGGGGUGCAAAGUUUGUGGAGUACUGGGCCAGGAUUGGAAGUGAGGAUAACAUGACCAUGUGUCACCGGCCGACUUGUCGUAAAGAGGGGGUGCUGCUGGACUACUCCAUUGAUGGAGGUGUGUCCUGGACACUACUGCAUGAGAUGGACUAUCUGAAGUAUGUAUCAGUGAGGAGGGACUACAUUGUUCUGCCAGAGGGAGCACUAACAAACGCCACACGCCUGCGAUGGUGGCAGCCUUUCACAGUUUCAUCAGGCCUAGCCUCCCCAAGCCUGGAAAGAGCUCAGUGGGCCAUAGAUAACAUCUUGGUGGGAGGGUCAGACAUCAACCCAUCCACCCUGCUUGACACGUUUGAUGACGAGAGUGUUUCCCACGAGGAAAGCUGGAGUUUCUAUCCUAACGCUGUGCGAACAGCAGGCUUCUGUGGAAAUCCUUCAUUCCACCUGUACUGGCCAAACAAGAACCACGACAGGACGCACAACAUCCUCGCCACUCGAGAGCUUAUAGUGCAGCCUGGAUAUAUUUUACAGUUCAAGAUUGUUGUUGGUUGUGAAGCAGACACAUGUGAAGACCAUCAUUCUGUCCUGCUGCAGUACAGGAAGGAUGCAAGGUCUGACUCCUGGCAGCUGGUACAGUCUGAGUGCCUCCCCUCUUCCGUUAACAAUGUGGGCUGCUCACCCUUCCAGUUCCACGAAUCCACAGUCUACAGUCCAGUUAAUAGCUCAACGUGGACCAGGGUCACUGUCCAGUUGCCAGACCACGUCUCAUCAGGGGCUACCCAGUUCCGCUGGAUUCAGAAGGAGGGCACAGGAGAGAGGCACAGUUGGGGGGUUGACCAUGUUUACAUUGGUGAGAUGUGCCCAGGGCUCUGCAGUGGCCAUGGGUACUGCACGAGUGGAGUGGUCUGCAUCUGUGACGAAGGAUACCACGGCGAUGACUGUUCCCUAUCGAGCACCGACCUGCCCAGCUCCAUCAAGGACAACUUCGAGUCCAGUGACGUGUCUCAGGAGAGCUGGCAGCUCAUCCAGGGUGGAGAAGUGGGCAGCGGCUGUGGGCAGCUGUCACCACAUGCUCACGGAGACUCGCUCUACUUCAAUGGCUGUAAAAUGAGACAGGCAGUUACCAAACCGCUGGACCUCACUAGAGCCAGUAAGAUCAUGUUUGUGCUGCAGAUCGGCAGCGCAGCUCAAACAGACAGCUGUAACAUAGCUCUGGAUCAAGCAGACACAGUGGACCGGGCCGUACUGCUACAAUACAGCGUCAACAACGGAAUCAGCUGGCACGUCAUCGCCCAGCACCAACCCAAAGACUUCAUAAAGGCCCAGAGAGUUUCCUACAACAUUCCUCUUGAGGCGAGGGUUAAUGGGGUAAUGCUGCGAUGGUGGCAGCCAAGACAUGAUGGCGCAGGACAUGACCAGUGGGCGUUGGACCAUGUGGAAGUAGUUCUUGUGAGCACGCGUAAACAAAACUACAUGAUGAACUUUGCCAGACAGACGGGCAUGCGCCACUACUACAGUCGCAAGAGGCGGGCUCUGCAGCAGCGUGCCUGAACGCCCGCCAAGGAGGGACCUCUGACCUGCCAAUCACACAUCGUCCUGCCUCACACGUCCAUGUUCUGACACGUGCCGUGAUCCAUCCACCGGUACAUUCUGAUCUCCAUCUCUGCCUGAAACAAUCACCCAACUGCUCCAGCCAAGCAUGGCCGUCCCACCCACCCAGAUCCACCAGCAUCAAACUGAAGGAAGGACUCAAACACCCACUUUAGUUUGCUGUUUUUCCUCCCCCUAAAGGAUGCUCUGGGUUGUAAUUGUUGCUAAUGUUCCUCCCUCAGGUCGCCACCCUCCCCUUCUUUUUCCCUACCACACUGUGAAUUUAAAAGAAAAUAAAUCACUGGUGAACUGACCAGCUGAUUGGAGAUUAGCCUCCCAGUUCCACUGAGCCACCAAGGGAGGGGGGGACAACCACUCUGCUGCCGCCAAACCAGUAUGCCAAGAAAGAUACGAUGAUCCGGAUCAUUUGGGGGAAUAAAGGUGAUGAAGCAAAAAAAACAACAAAAAAAAGUACUGAUGUUUUUGGUGUUCUGUGUGUCUGUGGGUUCUUUUUGUGCUGAGUUGACUGUGGUGUUCCGUUCGUUCGUUUUCUACUUAUUCAUAAUAAAGGGGGAGGGACUGGGGGGGUGCGCUGGGUUGUUUCCUUUUUCUUUAUUGGAUCAGGUGUGGAGCAGGGUGCAAAACGCCCUGAAAACACACCAAGAAUGAAGAAACGAGAGAUCGUCAUGACAACGGGGAAAGAAAAUAUCACGAAAAAGAAGAAAAAAACAAAACGUAAAGACUGAUCAAGUUUUUUUUUUUAUCCUUUUUUAUAUAUGUUGGUUUCCGAAAAUACAGAUAUUUAUGGUAAAUGGUUCUUCACGUUACCUAUUUAAGAUGCACUGUGCGUGGAUUCUGUACGUUAUUUUCUAGUGUUAAGUUAUUGAACAAGUCGAGUCAGGCUCUCAGACUGCAUCGUCUCUCCUCUUCCUCCACUCCCCUCUUCUCGUGCUGUUUCCCCCUCCUCCCUUCUUCCACUUUCUCUGCUGAUAUCUGAUACCUGGAGGUGAGGCUCGAUCAGUGUUGUUUUUUGAAGUCUGUGUAAUAUGGACCCUCUGCCCCCAGUGUGACUCCAGUAUAGCAAACUCCUGUAUAUAUAUGUAUAUCCACUGUGGGGAGACCCAGCAGCCUUAUUAAAGGGAAAUAAAGAACUGUCAA